AUGGUGGGUGCACCCGGCUCUGCGCCCUCGGGGCCUCCAGCUGCCAGCCACGCCAGGAGGACGCACGGCCAGAGCUGGGACCUCCGCCCUCCCCGGGGGCGCCAGUCUUUGGAAUCUGGCGACGCCCCCACCUCGCCCCUCGAAGCAGGUGUCAUUAGUUAAAGGCAUCUGCUGAAAGAUUUGGAACAGAAGAAGGUGGCUACUACGAACCAGACCAACUGUAAUACAGAAUCACCCGCAGCCCUGGAGGAGGCCAAGACCCCUGGUGCUCCUGGGAGCCCCCAGACACCCCCUGAGCCUCAUGACCCUGGUAGUUCCCUGCCCCUGACACCCCGGAUAGAGAGCCACUCGGAGGAGGAAGACCCUACUGGGGCUGGCAGUGGCCUGGGCUGGAACAAUAGGGCUUCCCGGACCCAGAGCCCAGGGGGCAGCUCAGUGGAGGCUGUGCUGGGCCGGAAGAAGCACCGCAGGAGGCCUUCAAAGCGCAAAAGGCACUGGCGGCCCUACCUGGAGCUGAGCUGGGCCGAGAAGCAACAGCGGGAUGAGAGGCAGAGCCAGAGGGCCUCCCGGGUCCGCGAGGAGAUGUUCGCCAAAGGCCAGCCUGUGGCGCCCUACAACACCACCCAAUUUCUGAUGAAUGACCGAGACCCUGAGGAGCCCAACCUGGAAGUGCCCCAUGGGGCCUCCCAGCCAGGCUCCAGCGGGGAGAGCGAGGCAGGGGAAGGCGACGGGCGAGGCCCAGCUCACGGUGAGUUCCAGCAGAGGGAUUUCUCCGAGGCCUACGAGCGCUACCACACCGAGCGCCUGCAGGACCGCAGCAAGCAGGAGCUGGUUCGAGACUAUCUGGAUCUGGAGAGGCGGCUGUCGCAGGCCGAGGAGGAGACCAGGAGGCUGCAACAGCUGCGGGGGUGCACCGGCCCGCAGCCCUGCCGCCAGGUGGAGGAGCUGGCUGCUGAGGUCGAGAGGCUCCGGACAGAGAACCAGCGGCUCCGGCAGGAGAACGAGAUGUGGAACCGGAAGGGCAGCUGCCCCGGCGGGGAGUCGGGCACCUAGGGGGGCCCCUCACCCAGGCUGACCCAGGGAGAAGGUCCCAUUUCAUAUACACUCAGGCCGCUGGGUCUCAGGGAGGCAGGUGGCAGUUGGAAACCACUCCCAGUACCCCCGUGUCCGCUGAGAACAGCUAGAAUCGGUUCAGCCUUCCCACCUUGUCGUUUCCAUAAUGUGUUCUUUGAUGUCUUCGUAUUUUUCUCAAAGAGAUUAAAUAAUUUUCGUGAGGUCA